UCUAUGUAGCAGCUUGAGUCCCCCCACUCAGCCAACCACCCACAGACCCGCCAGUGUACAGUGGAGCAGCAGGGGAAGGUGGCCGCCACCCCAGGAUCUGAUCAUCUCACUUGAGGCUGUUGUGGGUCACAGCAUGGCCGCCUCGCUGCGCUUCUUCUGCGGUGUGUUUCUCAUCAUCACCGGCCUGCUCUCCUCUCCUGUGGGUUCAAAAAGGAGCCGGGGUUCACAAGGCGCCAUCCCUCAUCCUGACAAGAGCAACCCAAACGAAUCAGAGCAGACGGUCCCGGGAAGCCGCCAGCAGCAGCAGCAGCAGCAGCGGCACCGGCAGGGCUCCACCUCUCCCGCGGAUGAAGUUCUGGAGUCCAGCCAGGAGGCGCUGCACGUCACCGAGCGCCAGUACCUGAAGCGGGACUGGUGCAAGACCCAGCCGCUGAAGCAGACCAUCCACGAGGAGGGCUGCGUCAGCCGGACCAUCAUCAACCGUUUCUGUUACGGGCAGUGCAACUCCUUCUAUAUCCCGAGACAUAUCCGGCGGGAAGAGGGCGCCUUCCAGUCCUGCUCCUUCUGCAAGCCCAAGAGGUUCACCACCAUGACCUUCACCCUCAACUGUCCUGACCAGCAGCCCCCCACCAAGAGGAAGCGCAUCCAGCGGGUCAAGCAGUGCCGAUGUAUAUCCAUAGACCUGGACUAGAUGGGUCUGGAAGGAUAGAGCAUCACUCCAUCACGCUGGAUUAGAACACCUGGACUACAUGUUUCUGGAUCUACCUGCCCAGACCUUGCAUUCAAGAACCAUAAACCAGGAGAACACGAUCUAUAGAGCAAGACCCAUUAGGCCCCAUAAACCAACGUAAUAACACCGUAAUAACACACAGACCUAUAAACCUGGAAUACAUUAAUCUAAAAUAAGAUUCUAUUUUUAACCUGAAAAAUGUAUAAAACUCAGUCAAUUAGACUGGUCUAAAUUAUUUAGAUUCACUGGCUUGGAAUAUAUUUAGUCAGGCUCCUUCGAUUUAGACUUUCCAUCCACUAGUCUAAAUCAUUAACCUGAGCGCAAUAACUUUAGGACCUGCUACAAGUCGGACCGGUGAAAGUGAGAGUUGCAGGUCACCCAGUCGACUAAACCCUCCGAGACUCCAGAUUGUUUUUGCUGGCACAGAGUGUGGAACAUGGACAUGCAGCGUGUGUAAAAGAAAAAAAGAAAACUUUGAACUUUUCACGAGUUUGACAAGUUUUUAAACUGCACAGAGACUUGGAACAUGAGCACGUUUUACGCACGACUUGUUGUUUCUCAGCUCACUGAGGCGGGAAAUUGUUUUCGUCUCAUCUUUUGAAUCUGUUUGUUUCAACUGGAUGUUUCCACCAUGUGGAAUUUUGGGGCGACUUUUAGUUCGAGAAUCCUUUGGACUUCAAAGGACUUGAAUUUUAGUGAUUAUUGUUUGUUUGCUUGUACGAUGGUUGUUGACUUCAACUGUAGAGAAACCUUUGUUAAUAAAAAACACA